UAAAUGUGUGUGUGUUUUGUAUUUUGUUCGAUGCAAAAAUUAUCAAAGAAGAAAAAUCUAUUUUUGGUUGAUAAAACAACAACAACACUAUGGCCUUACUAUCAAAAGAUGAGAUAAUUGAGCAAUUAAAAACGUUGGUAAUCAAAGAUAAUUCACAGAUUACCAUACAUGAUUUAUGUCGAAAAUAUCAGUUACAUAUUGAUGAUGCUAAAGAAAUAUUGAAUGAAUUUAUUACCACUGCCAACAAUAAAGAUCUUGGUGGUUUGUCCGUUAGCUAUUACGUACAUUGGAUUGAACCGGCAACCGAAAAUUGUUUAACGCUUCAAAGAUUUUUAAUCGUUAACGGCCAAGAUGAUUUAAAUUUUUAUCAAAAUUCACACGAAAAUGUUCAUCAUUAUGUUUAUGGUGUUUGUACCCGAAAGAACGCAAUCAAAAACGAAUUAGUUUUUGAUAAAUAUCCGAUAUUUGAUGAUCGUUGUUGUGAUUUAGAUUUUGAAUCAAUACAAAAAACAACCUAUAUUCGUAAUGAUCAGAUUCGAAUUCGUCCAAAUAAACGUGAUUUGAUAGUUGAACAACAACAACCUCAACAAAAUGGUGAACAAAAACCAUCAUUAAUGGAAAAAAUUUCGAUAAAAACUGAAUCGACAACGGUGGAAUCACCAAGUAAAAAACGUCAACAGCCAAAUGAUGAUGGUGAUGAAAAGCAAUCGAAUGGAACAAACAAAUCGAAAGAAACAUCGAAAAAAUAUAAACGAAUUAAAAUUGAAAAUGAUGAUGAUGAUGAAAAUAUGUUCGAUGAUGACGUUGAUGAAAAACUAUUUGAUGAUAUAAUCAACAAAGAAAUUGAAAUGAAAAAUGUUAAUGAUAAACCGUCAUCGCAACCGCAAAAACCAAAACAAGAGCAACCACCGGAACCAACCAAAAAUAUUCUCAAAAAGAAAAAAAAAUCAACUUACCUUGAUUAUUACAACUAUCCAGUUGUCUAA